GCUGGGUGGGUGCAGCCCCACCCCCUCUGAGCCUCCCUCACUCCUGUGUUGUGGUGGGAGGAGCUGCCGGACCGGUAUAAAAACCCCAUCCUCGCCCUGAAGGAGUCAGAAUCAGACACUACCAGUGAGCUCAGCACUCCUAGAACCAGAGGAACCCUCGCUUUUCUCGGAACUACGCACCAUGAUUAAGAAAAUGUCACCCUCGGAGAGCGAGUUCGACAUCCCAGCCAAGAACUGUUACAGGAUGGUCAUUCUGGGCUCCACCAAAGUCGGCAAGUCGGCCAUCGUGUCCCGGUUCCUCAACGGCAGGUUCGAGGAGCAGUACACGCCCACCAUAGAGGACUUUCACAGGAAGCUCUACAGCAUCAGGGGAGAUGUUUACCAGCUGGACAUUCUGGACACCUCGGGGAACCAUCCGUUCCCUGCUAUGAGGAGACUGUCCAUACUUACAGGUGACGUGUUCCUCCUGGUGUUCAGCCUGGACAACCGAGAGUCCUUUCGGGAGGUGCAGCGCCUGAAGCAGCAGAUCUAUGAGACCAAGUCGUGCCUGAAAAACAAGACCAAGGAGAACGUGGACGUGCCGCUGGUCAUCUGCGGCAACAAGGGUGACCGCGAGUUCUCCCGCGAGGUCCAGCGAGAGGAGAUCGAGCAGCUGGUGGCCGGAGACGAGCAGUGCGCCUACUUCGAGAUCUCGGCCAAGCGCAACACGAACGUGGACCGCAUGUUCCAGACGCUCUUCACCAUGGCCAAGCUGCCCAACGAGAUGAGCCCGGACCUGCACCGCAAGGUGUCGCUGCAGUACUGCGACGUGCUGCACCGGAAGUCAUUCCGCAGCAAGAAGCUGAAGGACAACGACGCGUACGGCAUCGUGGCGCCCUUCGCCAGGCGCCCCAGCGUGCACAGCGACCUGAUGUACAUCAAGGAGAAGGCGGUGGGCGGCGGGCAGGGCAAGGACAAAGAGAGAUGCGUGAUCAGCUAAAGAGCGUCCGGCUGAACCCGUGACACACCGCCACCACGGCACCCCGCGGUUGAGCUGCAGGCUGACGGAAGCGCACGUUGUUGCCGUUUCCGGACGGCGACGUCGAGAGUGGCGCACGCACCUGCGGCGGGAGCGUGACCCCCGCCAUGCGGAAGUGCGUGUGAAUGUCCAUGAGACGUGUGAACUGUGUUCCGUUCGGUCAGAGCGCUCUGUAAUGUGGCUUUCGUUUCUCGUGAGACUCGACUACUUUAAAAAAGUAAAAUACCGUGCUUGUUACAUCUGCCUCUAUAACGAUUUCCGACAGGAGACUCCAGUGAGAAUAGCCUACUGUUUACACAUUUUGUUACUUUAUAACAAAUAACUGAACUUGAAUGUUUGUUGCUUUUGGAACAAAUUUUUAUUGUGAAUGUAUAUUUAUUCUUCUAUGUCACUGUAAACUUUUGCAAAUAGAAGAAAAUGAAAAUAAAUGAAUUUAUCAAAUA